AUGGACAGCGGGGAAGCUGUUGUUGUAAAGCGAAUGAGUGAUUUGAAGCCACUGAGUAGCGUGGAAUUCACAAGGCAAUUGCAUAUAAUCGCUCAUCAGAAGCACCCCAAUUUGCUACCACUUCUAGCUUACUACUAUUCCAAGGAGGAGAAGUUGCUGGUAUACAAAUAUGCAGAAAAUGGAAACCUCUUUAAUCGCAUUCAUGUAUAUAUAGUUUUGAGCGACAUAAUGAGAAGUAAUAAUACAGGUAGCAGAGGAAGGGACAGGAUUCCAUUUCGGUGGAAUGCAAGAUUAUCAGUAGCUCGAGGCAUUGCACGAGCCCUGGAACAUCUUCACUUCAAUGUUAAGUCACAGAGCAGUGUCCCUCAUGGCAACCUAAAAUCAACAAAUGUUCUUCUUGAUUCGAACGAAAUGGUUCUGAUAUCGGAUUAUGGUCUCAGUUCACUAAUAGCUCAACCCAUUGCAGCUCAGCGUCUCAUUGCAUACAAAUCCCCUGAAUUUCAGUCUAGCAAAAAGGUUUCUAAGAAGUCUGACGUUUGGAGUUAUGGUUGCCUUUUGUUAGAACUCUUGACUGGAAAGCUAUCAGUCUAUUCGGCUCCACCAGGAAUGAAUGGGGUGGAUCUUUGCAGUUGGGUGAGUAGAGCAGUCAGGGAAGAGUGGACAGCUGAGAUAUUUGAUAUUGAGAUUGCUGUGCAAAGAAGUGCAUGUUCUGGGAUGCUAAAAUUACUGCAAAUCGCAAUCCGCUGCUGCAGUAAGUCCCCUGAUAACCGGCCUGAAAUGACAGAGGUGGUGAGAGAGGUGGAGAACACUAGAGUUGUUGAAUCAGAGGAAGAAGACUUAUCCGUGGAUCCAUCGUUGACGGAUGAAUCUAUUUCAACAGGUGCCAGCCUUAAUGAGCAAUGA